ACAAUCAUAAUACUUAUUAUUAUUCAAAAAAAUAUAAUUGCUAACCUUGGCAGCGCAGUCUGCGGUAGCAAGUGCGCAAAGAUGUUUACCAACAACCUUUCAUAGUCAGUACAUCUAAUUAUUAAAUUGAAAAAACAGUGAUGGCUAGCAGUUCCAAUUCCAUAGCCGUACCUCGCGAUAUGGAAAAGAAAAAAUCACCUCAGUUAAGUUUCAAAAGACGAACUGUCGUUGCCAACUCCGAUUCGGAUGCUAGUGUAGAUAGCAAUACACCUUCAGUAGAAUCAAAAGAUGACGGUUUUAUUUAUCAUAAAAGGAAACUCGGACGAGAACCAGGUUCUAAAAAAGUUAUACGCCGUGGUACAGAAUGGGAGAUAGUUGAAGGUUUAAAAGAUGGACAAAGGUAUGACAAAAAACCAGACAUCUUUAAAGGUUAUUUACAUAAGAAACGAAAGUGGCCACUUAAAGGGUGGCAUAAGCGUUAUUUUGUAUUGGACAAAGGAAUAUUAAAAUAUGGAAAAAAUCCAUUAGACAUGUCUAGAGGUAAAAUUCAUGGUCAAGUUGACAUUGGUCUAUCUGUAAUAUCUACAAAAUAUCAACGAAAACGAUUAGACAUUGAUGCUGAAGAAUUCAUUUACCAUUUAAAAGCAAAAACAUUUGAAGCAUUUUCUGAAUGGGUAAAAGAAAUAAAGCAACAUCGUCUUUAUAGACAACAUGUUUUAACUUUUGGUCAAACAAAGCAGUCACAGUCUCCACUACAAAAAAAAACAACUUUAAUAUCUCCUGUAGAAUCGAUUAAAAACUGUACUCCAAAUGUACGUUUAAAUGGCUGGUGUUCACAAUUAGAUUCAGCAACUUCAGAAAUUAAACAAGUUGAACAAAAUUUAAAGUCUUUAAAUCGAAUACUUGAUCAAUUAGAAUCAGUUGAUAAUGAUGUUGGUGUACUCGAUGGAAUUCCAGUUACAAAAAAGAGCACUAGGUUUCGUUUACGUAAGAAAAAAAGUGGUGGUGGUAGUUGGGGUGGUACAAUUGCUGGAUGGGGAAUUGAUAUGAAUCAAUCAAUCAGUCAAUCAACAAAUAAAGCUGUUGAUGUUACAGACUUGUCUGGUUUUCCUACUGGAAUAGCUUCUCAACAUUUAUCCAAUAGCAAUCCAUCAUUAACUGUUAAUCCGUCACCUAGUGAUCUUCAACUCUAUACAGAUUUUGUGAUUUUAGCAAAAGAUAUUCAAAAUAGUUUUAAGUGCAUAAUGGAUGCAAUUAGUGAAGAACGCAGUCAUGUUUUUGUUGGAGAUGCAACCGAUGACAAAUUAUCUAAUUAUCGAGUAGCUUUAAGUAAAGCCAUUCAACAAAAUAGUGAACUUCGUGCUAAAUUAAAUAAUAUUCAUAUUACUUCAGAUACAUCAAAUUUUCCAGAUCCCGUACUAAGUUCAUCAUUAUCAUAUAGUUCUGGCGUUAGUGGUUCAGAAGUAUUUUUCGAUGCUGAAGAGUAUCAAGGUGGUAAAAUGAACGAUUGUAAUGAAACUGUAACAAAUGAAUUAAUUGCUGGUGAAGUAGUUACUCAAACCUCAGAUACAUCUUCUGAAGCAGGAUCUCUAUCAUCAGAAGAUGGUUCUAUAUCUUCAGAAAACAGUGAUGGGGCCACAUCUGAGUAUAAUAAUCCACAAGGACUAGAUUGUGAAGGAUCUGGUGAUAUCAGGAAUAUGACUGGACGGCGUACUAAACUACCAUGUCCAAAACCUGAUACUGAAGGAUUGUCCUUAUGGAAUCUCUUAUGCAAAAACAUUGGUAAAGAUCUUUCCCAAGUUUCCAUGCCAGUUGCACUUAAUGAACCUCUUAACAUGUUGCAGCGUAUGUGCGAAGAACUAGAAUACAGUGAACUUUUAGAUAAAGCAUCUGAACAAUCUGAUGUUUAUGAACGCAUGGUAUAUGUAGCAGCAUUUGCAGUAUCUAGUUAUGGAUCCAGUUAUUAUAGAGCUGGGUCAAAACCAUUUAACCCACUUUUGGGUGAGACCUAUGAAUGUAUACGAGAUGAUAAAGGUUUCAAAUUCAUUGCAGAACAAGUUAGUCAUCAUCCACCAGUUAGUGUAUGUCAUGCUGAAUCAAAAAAUUUUAUAUUUUGGCAAGAUGUUAGAAUUAAGACAAAAUUUUGGGGGAAAUCUAUGGAAUUUCAACCAACAGGGUAUGUGAAUGUACAGCUACUAUGUCAGGAUAGCAAAGAUCAUUAUAGAUGGAAUAAGGUGACAACUUGUGUUCAUAACUUAUUUGGUGGACAAAGAUCUGUAGAUCAAUAUGGUGAACUGAAAAUUACUAAUUUGGAUAAAAAUAUUACAUGUAAAUUAACAUUUUUGAAGGCUAGUUAUUUUUCUGCUAAACGUCAUGAAAUACACGGUGUUGUAAUUGAUGAAAAUGAAGGAAAAGUUGUACGUAAACUAUUUGGUAAAUGGAAUGAAGCUCUGUAUUGUGGAGUUUCUGCUGCACCGUCUGCAAAAUGUAUAUGGAGACCAGGUACCAUGCCAGAAGACUAUGAGUUAUACUAUGGAUUUACGAGAUUUGCAAUGGAAUUAAAUGAGCUUGAUUUAGAAACAGCCAAGUUGUUACCAAAAACCGAUACUAGAUUUCGGCCGGAUCAAAGACUAUUAGAGGAAGGUGAUUUGAAUCGUGCUGAAUCUAUGAAACUCAAUUUAGAGCAAUUACAACGUGAACGUCGUAAACAAAAAGAAGAAACCGGAGAACAACAUGAACCCAAAUGGUUUAGAAAAACUGUUAGAAAUGGUAUUGAAACUUGGGAAUUUAAUAAUACGUAUUGGGAUAUACGUAAAAACCCAGGAUUUACUAAUUACCAUUUUGAAAAACUUUGGUGAAUGUUACCAUUAAGUUUUAUGUAAUCAAUGUGUCAUUUGGUCAGUUAGUGGUGAUAUGGUUUAGGUUAGCUUUUUGUUUUAAUAAAAUUUGUUGAACAAAAUUAUAUGAAUCAAAUAGUCUUAAAAUUGAGACAAAUUAGUUUAUCUAGUCAAUAUUUUCAUACUCAUGUCUUUGUACUGUACUUUUCCAUUAUAUUUAAUUUUUUUCCAUUAAAAAUCAUUUAAAAAAAUUUUCAAUCUUGUAUCCUUUUAAAAUUU